GUCCUCAGUCCUCCAACCACACCCACACUACUUACCACACUACCACACCUUGACAUCCUUCAUCCUACAGCCGACCCUCCGCACUCACAUCAUCUUUCGUUUCAUCUCAUAUCCUCAGCGACUUGUCCUUCUCUCUGUCGCUGCGUCUGCAGGUGUCCUUCUGCUCCUGACUGUCCCCGAAUGCCUCCGCGUCCCCUCUUGCCAUUCGUCGAACAUGCGCAGCAAUCACCGAGUCUCACCCAGAGCCUGCGCUGACGUCUCCCAUCCCCUCCACGACAAACCCUCGUUGUCGCCGCUCAGCCUGCCUUGACCAUGGCCAGCUAUCAGAACGGUCACCCUCAUUACAACCAGAAUGCUCAUCCCUCGUCUACCCAGAACUCGGGUCACCCCCCUCAUACCUCCCAAUCGCCAUACCCUCCGAGGCCGCUUCACAGAAGCCCCAGUUUCGAUGCUGGGGAUGACCAGCGCUUUGCUGAUGUCCCAGACCCUUCCUACCGUGCGACCCAUCCAUAUCAAGCGCAACAUCCAUCCGCAGUGGCCUCCAGCCCUCCAGUGGAUCGAGGCACAUCCAUCACUUACGCCAAUCAAGCCUCGUCCCUGCCCUUCAGAACCAACACCCAACACGGCUCUCCAGCCGGUGGCUAUCAAUAUCAACAUCAACCGACCCCUCCCGCUCACCAGACUUAUAACCCUGCCCAAUUUCAGCAACAGCAGCAACAGCAGCAGCAGUCACACCAGUAUCAAUACAACCCACAAGCCUACGCCUCUCCGCAAACCUCGUAUACCCCCGUCGCACAUCAACCUUAUGUUCCAGCCGCCUAUGGCGAUUCUAAUCUUCAGCGCCACACCUCCCUGUACAACAGCUACGGUUACCACGAUGCUAAUUCGCAGUUGAAUUAUUCCGCUCAACCCCCUCUGCCCCCGCCUCGAUCUGAUACCCUUCCUCUAUCUCACUCACUCAAUCAAUACGGGACAUAUCCUCAAGACACUAACCAGCAUCAUCUCUCCGGUCAUCCCAGCAAUGCUUCUCCACGCCAGAAUUAUGCAGCGUAUUCUCCCCCACCUCCCCAACCUCCGCCCCAUGAAGCGUCUCUGGCCGCUAGGCCAUACAUGCAAUCCGUGAGCAUGCCGGAAGGGCCAUAUUCGCAUGAAUCCACCCCUUCUGGGAAUCAAUCUGCAACCCUAGCGAACUAUUCCUCGCCCGAUGUCAAUCGAAAUUCCUCCUUUGCUAGUCGAGUCAGCGCUCAGUCCACUUCUCCUCGACUUUCGCUCGCUAAUUCGCCAAAUCGCAUGCCGGCAAGUCGAUCGCCGCAACGCCAGGGUACUAUCGACCGUCAUCCCCAAGGAAGGUCUUUGCCAGGGGUUCCAUCUGGUUCUGAAUCGGACAAUGAUUUCUUCAGCGCAUCUCAACCACAGGCUCAUCGUAGAGACCCUUCCACGAGCGGCUAUGAUGAUUUGAUGCAGCAUCUCGACCAUGCUAUUGGCGAUGCUUCCACGCUUGACUCGCAGAGGCACACUCACAUGUAUCGCCAAUCCCAAGACCAGGGCCCCGACUCUGUCCUCCCCACCCCUUCCCCGCAGCCUUUGCUAUCUCCUGAUGAAGCUCCUACUCAUUUAAAUGGCAAUAUUGCCUCGACCGGAGAUGCCUACAUCAACUAUGGCGCUUUCACCGAUGACAGUGAUGCGGAGGCUGCUGCGGGACUAGCUGCCAUGAAUGCUUUGGACGAGCAGGAACGAGCAGAAGACAUGAGAAGACGUAGUGGCACCCAAGGCUCCGCCACCCUCUUCCCCACUGCCAUUCGUUCCGACGAUCACUCUGCACGCAUGGUCUCUCAAGACCAAAGCAGUGACAGUGACUAUACUGGUUACGACCUAAGCGGUGCCGCCGGUGGAAGCUAUGUCCCCGACAUGUCUUAUGGCGAAUCGCAGUACGGUGUUGCUGCGACCAUGCCCUCGAGCGACCUUUACGGUCGAUUGAAUACACGAAUGAGCUCCAUCAGAAGCUCUGGCGUGUCUUCCGAGGGAAGAGACUCUCAAACAAGUGGCGUGGACUCGCUUCCUCCGACUGACAAUCCCUUUUCUCCAAUCCACAAUGUCGCCAGAGUCGAUACUGGAGGAACGGGUGGGCUCACUGAACCGAGCCCUUUCCCGAGACGCCUGAGCUACGAAGACGGCGAUGAGGCUACUCUGAUAGAAUCUGAAGCAGGCCAGACCUCGGGAAGUACCAGCCCAUCUCGAGAUUCUAUGCCGGACCUCUUCUUCCACCCUGGCAUGAGCCAACAGCGGCCGCUUCCACCUCCACCUUCUAAUUCAGACCCUUCAGCUCUCCGAACAAUCCCACACCUGAUCCCUGCUGGGACAUACACCCAACAAAGCCGCUUUUCUCAGUACACAGACCCCGGUACUCGCGUGUCUUUCCCUUCUGCGCCCGAUGCCUACUCUUCCACUUUGUUGAGCCCGACGGCCGUGCCGCGCUCAACCUCACUCUCAAGUACCAGAAGUGCUCCGAGAAGUGACCACCCCAUUCGAUCAAAAACCGAGUCUGAUCGGGCCAAAUUGCUUCGUCAACAGGGCCGGCCAAUGUCUGAUAUCUAUGAUCUUUCGAGCCCUCAAACCGCCGUUGGGCUUGAUCUCCCCACAAUUCCCAAGAAGCGGUACAAUCCUUCCAAGCUGACAUCGGAUCAGUUCAAGAAGUGUUCGGAGCCCUGGGCCCUGAGUUCAGUCUUGGCUUGGAUCAGAGAGUUGGCGGAAGAAGAGGCUGACCUCAAAGAGAGUAGCGUGGCUGAAGGCUUGGUAGCCCUAUUCAUGCACAAAGUGCCCACCAUGUACAACACUGAAGCCGAAGCACUCGGUGACCGUGUCGUCAAGUCGAUGGUGGCAGCUGGCGCUCUGGUUAGGGAAGAGGAAUGGGUCAAAUUUGGUCCUGGCACCAUGUCUGGCGUCCUGUACCAGCUCACAGGUACCGGCUGCUAUUCGUCCAAAUUGCACCUCUACCCGGUUAAAGGUCGAUGUUAUUCCUACCAUUGUAUGAGGACUUUGAAAAAGAUCGACGUCGACUCGUUGCCCGGCGAGCAAAGUACUCAAGAUUGGCCUACGUUCUAUAAACUCAAAAAGGAGGACUUGGAAGGACAUGAUAGGAAGGAAAUUGAACGGCAGAACAAUCUGCACGAAGUCGUCACCGGUGAAGAUUUUUAUCUAAGCCAGCUCGACGUCAUUCGACUUCUCUACCGGGACCGAUUAGCCGCGUCGCAGCCGCCCAUCAUUCCGACCAAAAAGCUGCCGGGUUUCCUGAAGGAGGUCUUUGGUGGAGUGGACAAGGUGAAAAAGGUCAAUCAGGACUACUUGCUGGGUCAGCUCAAAUACCGCCAAACCGAACAAGGCCCGUGGAUCGUUGGCUUCAGCGACAUCUUCCGAGAAUGGAUUCGAAAAGCUCGGCCAAUUUACGUGGAGUACGCUGCCAGUUUUCCCAGGGCCGACUACCUUAUGCGUCGAGAAGCCGAGCGCAAUCUUCAUUUCAAAAACUUCCUGGACCAAGCGCAAAACGAUGCUCGUUCCAAGAAGCUGGAUUGGGGCAAUUACCUCAAGAGUCCAAUCACCAGACUGCAACGUUACGGUCUACUCUUAUCCACCGUGUACAAAAACAUGCCCAAGGAGUCGGAGGAGAAGACGAAUUUGGCGUUUGCCUUGGACGAGAUUCGUGCGGCAACAUUUGAGUGUGAUGCCAAAUUCGCCGAGAUGGGCAAGAAGAUGGAAUUGAUCGAGAUGCAGACUAAACUACGACUGCGUGCUCAAAUGGAGAAAGAAGUCGAGCUGAAUCUCGACCAUCUUGGCCGAGAGAUCGUAUUCAAAGGCGAUCUACUCCGUGCUGGUGAAAAGGGAUUCCAGUGGGUGGAGACUUUUGCCAUUCUUUUCGAUCACUAUCUCGUGCUUGCGAAGCCACUGGCGCGGGAACGAAGCCGUGAAGGAUACUAUGACGUGUCCAAAGUUCCAAUCCCAAUGGAUCUCUUGGUGCUCGAAAGCGCCGGAGACGCUGCUGUUGUCAAGUCGUCGGUCAAGGGAAUCGCGGCGGUCACCACAACCGUCGCGACUAGGUCUCAAACCGAUUCCCGGAUGGCUCGGGCGCAAUCUGCGGCUAGUGGUGACCGGCCAGGAUCUCUCACGCACACCAACACCAACCUUUCGAUCGGGUCUGGGGGCGCAAGUCAAAGCAUGGUCCCCAUCACGACGCUAGACUCGGGCAACCCCAAGGAGGAGAAGAUUAUGUAUCCUUUCCGUGUCAAGCACCUUGGCAAGCCUGAGACCUACACCUUAUACGCACCUAGUGCUCAGAACCGACAAGAUUGGUGCGAAGCCAUCAUUCAAGCGAAAACUCGGCACGCCGAAUCACUCUACUCUCAAAAUGCGGAGCCGUUCAAACUACGGGUGCUGGCCGACACGGCUUUUGGUUACGAUGGCCUCAGUCACGGGUCACGGCGAAUUUUGAUCCGAGGCACGCCAUUAGACCGAGCAAUUCGAGAGACGGAAAAGAAAUAUGAAGGACAAGGCAGGCCGGCUCCAAUUUGCAGAGCUCAAGUCAACUGCGCGACUGUGUUCCACCAGCCAUUUGGUAGGCUAAUGUGUGCGAUCGGAACCGACUAUGGCGUCUACAUCUCCGAGUAUCAAAACUCAAGGGGGUGGACUAGAGCCAUCCAAAUGCAAAGGAUCUCCCAGAUUGCAGUCCUUGAGGAAUUCAAUCUCUUCCUGCUGAUCUCCGACAAAGCUCUGAUCGCAUAUCAUCUUGAUGUUGUGUGCCCACCAUCGGGCAGCCACGGUCCGCGAGACGAUUCGGCACGCAAAGCGCCUCAAAAGUUGUCAGGGUCCAAAGACAUUGGGUUCUUCGUGACGGGCCGAAUGAAGGAACGCACGUUGGUGUUUUAUAAAAAACGGGAUGGUAUCGCAUCCACCUUUAAGGUUCUGGAACCAGUGCUUCAAAAGAGUACAACAACUCGAUCACGAUUCCUCCCGUCAUCGACUCGGCGUGGUCAGACCGAGUUUUUCCGCGAAUACGACGAGUUCUACAUCCCCGCCGAGUGUUAUGGGUUGAAUCUCUACCAGUCAAGUCUGGCCAUCUCGACAGCUAGAGGCGUCGAGGUCUUGACAUUAGAGAAGAAGCAAACUUGGAGUGUGCCGAAUCUGAGGAGCGACCAAGCUGACACACAGGCGCACCUCAGUUCAAUUGCAAGCCGGAUCAAGGAUCUGAAGCCGUUGGGAAUGUUCCGUCUCGGCGAGGCCGAAUUCCUAGUGACAUUUGAAGAAUGCGCGGUAUACGUCAAUAAGCAUGGUGACAUCUCACGGGGCGUUGUGAUGGAGUUUGUGGGACGGGCUAAAUCAGCCUGUCUGUACUCGCAGUAUCUCAUCCUGGUGGACGACGAUUUCGUGGAGAUUCGAGACGCACAGAACGGGAGACUAAAGCAAGUCGUGGCAGGAAAAGACAUCAAGCUGUUGGAUGACGGGGGUGGAGGCUCGGGGUCAGGGACCGCAUCUCAGCAAACCGCAUCGUUGGGUGGGGGAAUGAAUGGACUUGGACUGAAGAACUUUGCCAAUGCUCCACGCACGCCCAAGAUUGUGUUGCAACACCCCGAGUAUGAGAAGAGCCACAUCGUGGUCGAGUUGAUCCUGACUCAGGACGAGGAAUGAGCGCAGUUGCUGGACAACGAGCGAGUUGGCAUAAUAAUCCAUUUAAGCCGACAACAUGGAUUCCAUAGUGAAAGGAUCAUUGGAUCGAAACGAGCUCAUGACUCUGGCAGAAAGGAUGCUACGAUGCUGGGUUGGAUAUCCGGGUAUUUUCAUGCAAUUCAGCAAGCCGGAGCUGAUCUUUAUGAAUCAUGGACAGAAGGUUUGGCCUCAGGAUCAAAGGCACAUACGAUUACUCUGGAGCCAUUUUAUAGGUCAAAGACUUUGCUGGCACUUUGGCAUAGUUGCAAGCAGAAGAAGAAUAUUAUUAUUGCACACGUUAA